AUGCUGUCGGCUCUGCUAAUGGCCUUCAACCGACUCACAAGUUUUAUGACUUUUUAUUUUGAAAGGGUAAGUAGUAAAGGUAAUACUCGUAGGCGUAUAAAGUCACCUGUGCUUCGGUGUAGAAAUGGCUCUGGGAAAUCGCGGCCCGGCCCCGGCCAAUUGUGCGUUUUUGCUUACAAUUCGCGUUUGUCGCGACAAUUUCCCGAUUUUGCACCAGAUACGCGCAUUUUUUCGCGCAACAGCCCAAAUUUUUGCGUGCGGCAAUAAAUUGUCCGGCCAUUUCAGCGCGAGGAAUGUACCGGGUAUUAGGAAGGGCAAACAAUAUACGCAUUUAACAACACCUUUUUUCAAAAUUUUUUUAUUGUAGAUUUGGAAGUUCGAGACCUAUAUCUUGAGUUUUUGCUAUAUUCUUGUGCCAUUUUCGCUAAUAUUUUACAUGUUGUUCAACAAAGCCGGCUUCACUUAUGAUAACACGGAGUUGUGGUUCACGUACACGGGGUUCGAUUACGAUCACAAUAUCACUUUUGGGGUAGGUGACAUGAGGUGAAAGUAAUCUUUCAGUUAGUGGAUGGAGUUGUAACGUUUUACUACUUCUUGGUAUUAUCGCUGAUUACAUUCGUCCUCAACGUGGCUAAUGUUGUUCUGCUGACGAGAAUUAAAAAUAAAGAGUUGGCAAAGGUUAAACGGGAGAGGCAGUUGACGUAUUCUACGCUGAUCAUCUUUGGCGUUCAAUGUACGGUCAUGUUUGCUUAUGUAUGUUUGUCGUUGACCUUAAGACGAGACCAAGGCCCACCUGCGCUAUUCAACCUUCUUUUUUCAGCUCUCGUUUAACGUUCAAGCCCUGAACGUGUACGUGUUUCUUCGCUUUGUUUUGGCUCCGGUUACCGAACUUUUGUAUCUAAUGCCUUCAGUGAUUAUCAUAACGUAUGUUGUACCAUUGCGCAAGAUGGUGUUUAAUGUCUUCGCGAAGACUCAACCGCCUACCAGUGUUGUAGCGGCGAAUUACCUGGGCAGUAGUGGUAGCCGGAUGACCAGGUAG